AUGACAAGACAAAGAAGAAGACGACGGCAAGACAAAGAAGAAGACGACGGCAAGACAAAGAAGAAGACGACAGCAAGACGAAGAAGAAGACGAAGGCAAGACGAAGAAGAAGACGAUGGCAAGACGAAGAAGAAGACGACAGCAAGACGAAGAAGAAGAAGACGGCAAGACGAAGAAGAAGACGAUGGCAAGAUGAAGAAGAAGACGAUGGCAAGACGAAGAAGAAGGCGACGGCAAGACAAAGAAGAAGACGACGGCAAGAUGAAGAAGAAGACGACAGCAAGACGAAGAAGAAGACGACAGCAAGAUGAAGAAGAAGACGACGGCAAGAUGAAGAAGAAGACGACGGCAAGACGAAGAAGAAGACGACGGCAUGACGAAGAAGAAGACGACAGCAAGACGAAGAAGAAGACGACAGCAAGACGAAGAAGAAGACGACGGCAAGACGAAAAAGAAGAUGACGGCAAGACGAAGAAGAAGAAGACGGCAAGACGAAGAAGAACACGACGGCAAGAUGAAGAAGAAGACGACGGCAAGAUGAAGAAGAAGACGACGGCAAGACGAAGAAGAAGACGACGGCAAGACGAAGAAGAAGACGACGGCAAUACGAAGAAGAAGACGACGGCAAGACGAAGAAGAAGACGACGACAAGACGAAGAAGAAGAAGACGACAAGACAAAGAGGAAGACGACGACAAGACAAAGAAGAAGAAGACGACAAGACAAAGAAGAAGAAGACGACAAGACAAAGAAGAAGAAGACGACAAGACAAAGAAGAAGAAGACGACAAGACAAAGAAGAAGAAGACGACAAGACAAAGAAAAAGACGACGACAAGACAAAGAAGAAGACAACGACAAGACAAAGAAGAAGACAAAGAAGAAGAAGAAGAAGAAGAACGGUAG